CCAGACACCAGUCCAGUCUAGCUGCGACUCCACAUCCCAGGAGCCUGCUGACUGACUGUCAGUCUGUCUGACUAGCUCGGUCUCCUCUAAAUGACUAAACAAGGAUGUUACUUGGACUGUAGUGAGAGCAGCAAUGGCCAGAGGAAAAAGAAGUGACUUUUGUUGUAGACGUGCUGGGAAAACUUCAUCUCCCGCUGAUCAGGAUUAAUUAGCAACCUUUGUGGACCUACACUUGACUUCAUAUUAGUCUCACAUCUUCAGGAACUGAACUGCAUCUACGAGACUAAAAUCAGCAUUUUUUUAAACCCUUCGUUUUGUGAUUCAAAUUGACAAAUUAAAUAUCCAGGGAGUGAAAUAAACAUCAUCUUUCCUCCUCCACUUCUCCUGUGGCCUCAGUUUUUUCAGCUUGCGCUCCCAUGGCUCUCAUUGUAAAGAGGCAGCAAUGACAUCCCAAAACCUCUUCACCUCAGUCUUUUUACACAACGUGACCGAAGGAUAGCCAUCAGUUCCCACUGCAGCACUCGUGGUCUGACACAAAGAGCCCGGCCCCUGGCUUUAGGCAGCAUGGGAGACGGUAGCUGGGUGUGUCUGAGCCCAGCUGAGUUUAGCCAGCUGCAGCAGUACAGCGAGUACUCCACAAAGAAGCUGAAGGAUGUGCUGGAGGAGUUUCAUGGUGGAGGAGUCCUUUCCAAAUACAAUCCAGAGCAGCCCAUUGACUAUGAGGGCUUCCAGCUCUUCAUGGUGACGUAUUUGGAGAAUGACAUUCCAGAAGAGCUGUGUCAACAUCUCUUUACUUCCUUCAAGAGCAAGACGGGAGGCUGUUCUCCAGACCAGUCUCGAGCAGGAACAAGCUUAUUGGAAGCCUGCUCCAUUGAUGCAGGCAUCUCUAUUCAGACUGAAGUGGCCUGUGCCCCCAUUACAGGGAUAAACGGGAAAAGCAUCCUGUCUGCAAUAAGCCGACACACACCGGAGCACUCCAGCGUGAUGAGCACAGCGGGUUCAGGAGCAACCACCUCCCCUUGUUCAUCUCGUUCCUCCUCACAGCGUUCAGGGACAGGAGCCCACACACCUGGGGGGCCCCACCUAUCACCCUGCACCCGGGUCAAAAACUCAGAGGGCAGCAGCAAUGCCCUGACCCCUAACGCUGGCCCUGCCAAGUCACCAGUCUCCCCUAAACUUUCACCAGAGAGGACCCACUCUGAGAAGCAUUUGUCACUGCGGAGGAGCCCAUCACCCCAGAGAGGCUCCCCACUGCCGUCGCCCCAGGUGGUCUUUCUCAAAGACAUCGUCUGCUACCUUUCCCUGCUUGAGAGGGGGACGCCCGAAGACAAGCUGGAGUUCAUGUUCCGGCUGUACGACACAGACGGCAACGGGGUCCUGGACAGCUCAGAGCUGGAUCGCAUCAUUAAUCAAAUGGUGCAUGUGGCAGAGUAUCUGGAGUGGGACUCAACAGAACUGCGACCGAUACUGAAAGAGAUGAUGGAAGAGAUCGACUACGACCGAGACGGGACAGUCACCCUAGAGGAGUGGAUCAGAGGAGGCCUCACUACCAUCCCCUUGCUGGUCCUGUUGGGCAUGGAUACGAACGUGCAGGAAGAUGGGCAGCAUGUUUGGCGUCUCAAGCACUUCAACAAACCGGCCUACUGUAACUACUGCCACACCAUGCUUCUCGGAGUGCGCAAACAGGGCCUCUGCUGCUCCUUAUGCAAGUACACAGUACAUGAACGCUGUGUGUCCAAAGACAUCGCUGCCUGCAUCAGCACCUACGCCAAGUCACGUAGACACACCAACGCUAUGCAGCAUGUAUGGAUGGAAGGAAACUCUCCUACCAAGUGUGACCGCUGUCACAGAAGCAUCAAGUGUUACCAGGGCCUCACUGGGAUGCACUGUGUCUGGUGUCAGAUCACUCUCCAUAAUAAGUGUGCAUCUAAUGUUAAGCCAGAGUGUGAUGGAGGAGCCUUGAGGGACCACACUCUGUUGCCCUCAUACAUCUGCCCUGUCGUCUUGGACCGUCAUUCUGUAGUGAAGCGUGGGGAGGGGGAAUCACCUCCCAGCACCAGCCCUGAUGACACCAAUCAGACUUUUAAAUUCUCCCCUGGAGACGGACAAGCACUGCAGAUCACCCCACUUCCAGGCACUCACCCACUCCUGGUUUUAGUCAAUCCCAAGAGUGGAGGGAGGCAGGGGGAACGGGUACUGAGGAAGUUCAGGUACCUGCUAAACCCAAGGCAGGUGUACAGUUUGGAGCAAGGAGGCCCGAUGGUAGGGCUCAACUUUUUCCAUGAUGUCCCUGAUUUUCGGGUUCUUGCUUGUGGAGGUGAUGGCACCGUGGGCUGGAUCCUAGACUGUAUAGAUAAAGCCAACUUUGCCAGGCACCCUCCGGUGGCCAUCCUCCCUUUGGGUACAGGAAAUGACCUGGCACGCUGCUUACGCUGGGGAGGAGGUUAUGAGGGUGGCAGCUUGCUAAAGGUCCUUCGGGACAUUGAGCACAGCACAGAGGUGGUGUUGGAUCGCUGGAACAUAGACAUCAUCCCUGAUGACAAGGAGGAGAAGGGAGAUCCUGUCCCCUACAGCAUUGUCAACAACUACUUCUCUAUUGGAGUGGACGCCUCCAUCGCCCAUCGCUUUCAUCUGAUGCGUGAGAAGCACCCGGAGAAGUUUAACAGCAGAAUGAAGAACAAGCUCUGGUACUUUGAGUUUGGCACCACUGAGACAAUUUCUGCCACCUGCAAGAAACUAAACGAAUGCAUAGAAGUCGAGUGCGAUGGGAUCAUCUUGGACCUCAGCAACACAUCCUUAGAAGGCAUCGCUGUGCUCAACAUUCCCAGUAUGCAUGGUGGCUCCAACCUGUGGGGUGAGACCAAGAAGAGAAGGAACUACAACCGCAUGAGCAAGAAGGUUCCUGACAGGAUGCCGGCCAGUACCGUCACAGACGCCAAGGAGCUCAAGUUUUGCAUGCAAGAUUUCAGUGACCAGCUGUUGGAGGUGGUUGGCCUGGAAGGGGCUAUAGAGAUGGGACAGAUUUACACUGGGCUGAAGAGCGCAGGACGCAGGCUGGCUCAGUGCUCCAACGUCACCAUCAGGACGUCCCGACGGCUGCCUAUGCAGAUUGAUGGAGAGCCAUGGAUGCAGCCCCCCUGCACGGUCAGGAUCACACACAAGAACCAGGUGCCCAUUUUACUGGGCCCGCCUCAGAAGACGCCUUUCUUCUUCUUCAAGAAACGCAACCGGAGCCGCGAUUAGAACACACACUUUUACACAGAUUAAAAAAACAAACCACACACACACACACACACACACAUGUAUACAGUACAUAUAUGUACACACACACGCCUCUCCCUGUACAGGCAGCGAAAUGGGACAACUGGUACGCUGCACACAGGUUGGACACUUUGAACACAGGAAACUCAUUAACAGGAUCAUGUGGACAAGUGGAACAUUCCUAAUAUUGGGCUGCCCACUGACAAUCAGUUCCCAAGGUAACCUGUACUGAUAGCAAACAAAAUGAAAAGACUGAGUAUACAGUACCGACCUAUUCCUGUGUGACCAUCAUCCUCCAAGUCGUGUCUCAAACAUGGAUUUAGUCUCAGCCACUUUUAAAUGCUAACUCUCUCAGUCUAAGCCACCCCCUGCCCAAGAAACUCAGCCAUGUACCAGUACUGCACUGCCUCCUAAACACAACUUUGGCUGCUGGGAUUUCUGCAUAGCUCAUAAAAGAAAGUCAUAGUGUGGGGAUGGCAGGUAUAAAAGAUACAUGAGAAAAACACAAUAGUGAGAAAAAGGGUUAAAGUAAGAGUGGUGUGGCAGUAAUUGUGGCUGUUUACAAGGUCACUGAGUAAAUAGAGUAAGAUCCACCUCUUUGUUAUGAAUAAUGAAACAGCGGUUGCUUGUAAGAGCUCGCACUCCAUCACAGUACAACCAAGGAAACGAGGGAGUGGAAAAGCCUCAUUCAUUAUUGACUGACUUUGUUUGUAGGCUGUUUGCACUGAGGUGUAACAGUGGUCUGGAAUGAGUUUAAACAUGUAGGGAGUUCAGCAUCUUAGCAUGACUGGCCUAUAAAAAAAUAAGAGCCUAUAGAAGACCAUAUUCACAGACUGUGCUGAUGAUCUGGACGAAGACUCCAGGCUGUGUCCAGCUGGCCACAUUUCUUACUAUAUGAGCAAACUAGAGUCUAGACUAAAAGUAGAGAUUAGAGACACUCUGGUUCAACUUUGCUUUCUUCAGACGCUAAUUUGUCCUCUGUGGUUGCACUCUAACACUAACAUAUAGAUCAAAUCAACAGCAGCCACUGUGCACAGUGCAGCAUAGCAUGCUUCCAGAGGAUUGGACUAAAUCCCCUCAAGGGCAUAAGAGCAGGGCCCCUGAGGUUUUUAUUUACCAGAACAUUGACAAGGGGACUAAAUUUAUCCCUCUACUUCAGGGAGGGUGCAUCGCUCCUUCACUGAAACCUUACCCUUAAUAACCAUGUCAAACAUCAAUUCACAAUGUCAAGUGCACAUGUCCCAGAGCCAGUAGGGUGCUGCUGCAGGGUGCCAGGUGGCUUUAUUCAUCAUUUGUUAAAGCAGAUGGCUCUGUGUUUUGACCUGAGAUGAUGGAGAUCAGUUCAUUGUUUGAGGAAUGUACCCAUAUUACUGUUCCAACAAAUAUGACAAAAUAUAUUAUUAUUUAUGUGCAGACAGACUAUAUGUAUAUUUCUGGAAAGUAGGUGUAGCUCAUGUAUAUUGUACACACAAAUGUGUUUUUAAUAUAUCAUUGUUAAUAAUGUGGAAUUUUUAGCUUAGAGGGGCUCAGAUCAGUGUUCUUCACCAUGCAGAGCUGCUGCAGUUGCUCUCUGAAGACAGUUUUCUACACUGAUUCAGAUGAUUAUAUUUGAAUCUACUGUGGCAUCAUCUUCUCUUCAUAGCUGGGUCUCGUACACAGCUGAGGAAGGAAAAGGAAACAUGAACACACCAAUUUUGCACCAUUCAUGACAAAAUAAUGUCAUGGUUCAAAUAUCAACUUUAAACACCCUCCUGUGUCAGCAGUCAAGAAAUAAAAAUAAUGGCAUAUCUGAGUAAAUCUAAAUGAAUAUAUUAACUUAUUGCAGAUACUGAUCGAUGCAUUUCAGCAAAUAAUACGAAAGAAACUGUAAUACAGAGCCUGUAAAUAAAAGGCAACCAUCACUUCGGGGUCUGAAAAGUGAAGCCAAUGCCAAAGUGCCUUAAACCUGCAUUUAUUAUAGAGUCCAGCAGGGGGCUACUCCUCUGGUUCCACAAAGACAUCUGGUUAUAUUGAACCCUAUGGGAAAACCUCCCUCAGUCCCUUUGACUCCUAACAACAGUAAAUACUUUCCUGAUGACUUUAUGGUCUCAGUUGAUAGUUAAAAAUCUUAUUAAAUCCAACAUGAUGUUCAUUUAGUAAAUUAUCCUUAUUAGAGCCAAAAAACACAAGAAUAACAGGUUGCAGUGUAACUUGGUCAGACCCACCCCUUUCUCUUAGCUUCCUGUUUCAAAACCACAAGAUGGCCAUGGUGAAAAAGCUCAGCUCAAGGCUUCACAACAGGACUUCAGUAACCAACAGCUGGCAUCCUGGUGGCUAUAUCCAUCUUUUAUAGACACCCUAUGCUACAGAAAUAUCUAUAGUCAUGCUAACGGACACAUCUUAGCUGUCGGUACUGCAGGAGCUCAGAGCAAUAAGCAGGUGGUGUGAAUGCUUACCUGAACAGCCAACUCCACUAACAGCCAGUCUGUUUCCAUCACAGUAGAGGAUGACCACACUCAAAAGUGAGUGAAUCAUUUUGCAACAAGCUUUGACUGCAGUGUUUGUUGUGUUGACCUAUAUGGAAAAUUCUGAUUGGCGCAACCUAUCAACACUGAGCCCCAACCAGCAGUUUUUUGGGGACUCGCAGAAGUAACUACAACAUUUCACACAAAAGCCUAAAUGAGAACCAUCCCACCCAGCAAAUACUCAUUAACAAGACACUGAAAAGAAGUCUUUGCCAUCUUUAAACAAUGUUGAGAUUUGGUUGAAAAAUGAAAGCAUUCUGUUCCCCCCCAACACCUCUGCAAACUUCCAGACAACCAGCAAACACACAACCUUCUUGUCGUGAGGUGGACAGCCUAGCAUGUGGGAACAGUGAUGUUAGGUUUUCUGGAAUCUCAUACAAAUAAGCUCACAAUGCAAUCCAACCCUGGUUGCCACUCAGUAAUAAGAGUCGGUGUACCUGAUGUGAUUAUAACAAUUUCACACUAAAUGUAUUAAAAAAGAAAUCAGAUUUCUUUGGAUUUUUAAUUGAGACUUUUGAUGCUCAGCCUGCUUGGUGACUUCCCAUGAUGCCAUGACCACUUCUCCUUCACUCCAUCUUUUCAGUGUCUGUGUUUAUUUGUCACUAUGGCAUGUCUUUAGCUUUUUGUCUUCCCUCUGAGGUUUGUGUUUUGUCCUGCAUGUUAUCAGUGCUGUCUCUAUGCUCGUCUUUUCCCUCUUCUCUUUCCUCUCUCCACCCAACCAAGUGAGGCAAAUAGCUGCCUACCCCCCAACCCCACCCCAUGCCCACGCCCACGCCCACCCCCACCCACGCUGUGCCUGGCUCUGCUGGAGGUCUCAUCCUGUUAAAUGUCACCAAGUGCUUGCUCUUAGGGGAGCAUUGUUGGGGUUCUCUCUCUAAUAUUGUAGGGUCUUGACCUUACAAUAUAAGGUCAAGACCCUACAAUAUGAGACCUUGAGAUGACUGUUAUUGCAAACUGGUGCUAUAUAAAUAAAAUUCAAUUGAACUAAAAUUGAACUGAAAUGAAUUUACCCUGUUUUGGGAUAUUUUUCCAACAUCUUCAAAAGACUUCUCACCUUUCACUUUUCAACCAAAUUUAAAAAUAAAGGGACAUUUUUUGAAAGCCCAUCCCUGAUCAAAUGUACCCCACAAAGCAAUGCCCAUGCUUGUUGAGUCAUUGCUGGCAAUAUAGGAAAAAAGAGAAACAUCAGAGUGUGCAGGGUUCAUGCUUUGGCAGUCGUUAACGUCUAAUGUAAGGGCAGUGCACCGAGUACACCGGCACACUGACCGAUACCAAAUUAGUGAAUGUGUCCCGAUUGACUCAUACUGGAUCUUAAUUGAAAACUUUUUUAAAAGGGUAUCAACGGCAGAAAUCCAGUAUCUAACAGUAACAUGUGGCCCCUGGACGAGAUUAUUCUGUUUAAAACACUGAUCUAAAUCUCAACAAAUAUAUUUCAUAAAGCUUACUGAAAAUUGAAUCCCAAACAAGCAAACUAAUGUACACGGACAUCUCAGAGAGUGUAAAUGUGAAUGUGUUAAAACUCAAAGGAUCUAAAUGUGAUGUGAGUCAGAUGUGGAAAACUGUCCUGCUGACAUGACUGCAGUGUUCUGAUGGUGCAAACUGAGCUCCACUAUAGGGUCAGGCAUCCAUGCCUUUGUACUCUGGUUCCCUUUAAAAGCACACUGAGUCUUUAGUCUCACACCCAGGCCCCAUGAAAACACACAGGAUGUCCAGCGCAUCCUCAUAACUGUAUAUAUCCACCCCACCCAAAAGAGAUCAGCAUCAUUCAGGACAUUGGGUGGAGUUCAGGUUCAUCAUGUCAUCCAAAUGUAAAGCCAUUUAGCCUAACUGGUAUAACCUAAAUAGUACAACACUGUGGAGAUGUCACAACAGCAUAUUGUAAUCCUUUAAUCUGAGUGAAUGGAGCCUGGGUGCAGAGAGAACUCAGUGAUAAAAGAGUGCAUGUUUACAGUAACUUUACAUUUAUUGAAAGAAUGGUUUUAGAUAGCUAUAUUACCGUGUGUAUAUAUUUGUUUACAAUAUUUUAUCUGAAGUUAACUUACAUCACCGCAUGCCUGCUGAAACAAAUGAAGAGUGAACAAAAAGGAGAGUGUGGAUCAG